AUGUGCGACCACCUUGCCAAUGAUAAGGAGGCGGGCUUCGGCGGCCUGCCACUGCUGGCCGCGGAGCGGGCCCGCUGGGCCCUGGGGCGGGUGGCCGGCGCUGCCCGCCUCUGCCCCUGCCGUCGCGCCACGGCGGCCGCCUCGUCGGACGAGGAGCCCGCCGGCUGGCGGCCGCGGCCGCUUCUCGUGUUCAGCGUUUACAAUGAGAUCUGGAUUGAGUACUGCGAGCCGCCACCGCGCCUGGCGCACACGCGGAUCGCCGUCGUCGGCGUCCAGGCUGCCGACCCCGAGCACUUCAGCAUCCUCACGCCGGACUUCGACGUGCACAUCCAGGAGUGCGACGCCAGCAACGACGACAUCAAGAACUGGUGGAUGUACUGUGCCGCGGGUGCGCCGCACGGGGCCGCCGUCCGCCCUUCUGGCGUCCAGUGCUACUUCGCGGUUGCGCCGACCGCUGCUCAGGACGCCCAGGCGUGCGCCCCCGCGGCGGGCAGGCCGGCGGCCCAUGACCGCGCUCUGGCCCUCCUGACGGCGGCGCGGGCGGCGGUCCUGGCCCUGGCACCGCGCCUGGUGCUGCCAUCUUCGCCGCGGCCCCAGGUGCUGGGCCCCCCCGAGGCGGCGUCGCCGCUGGCGCGCCUGUCGCGAUGGUCGCGGCCACAGCCGGAGGCGUUGCCCCUGCAGCUGGGCCCGCCGCCGCCCCCGCCGCUGAUGCCGGGCCCCGUCAAGAGCGGAGGUUCGCUGCUCGGGCACCGCUUUGGUUGGGUGGCGGCUCUUGGCGCUGCGAUGCCAGUCGACGACCCCGUCGUUAGCACGUCCUACGAGUUCGCCAAGACUAUGCAGGGGGCUCAGGUGUAUGACCAAGUCGGUGGCUUCAAGCUGUCCGCGAUCGAGCUGGUCACGAGGCAGCCGCAGGCCCGCGAGGAGCGCUACGGUAUCAAACUGGUCAGCACUCACGCUUCCAUAUCUGGAGGCGACGACACAGGGAUGCAGUCUACGCGUAGGGCCAGGGUCAUGGUCGCCCCCUCUCCUGCUGAGUGGAUCGCAAAGCAGCUCUCGGCCAUGGCGAUGGAGCGCCGCAGGGCGCGAGAGGAGCGGCAGCUGCCCCACCCGCCCGCUUCCGAUGGCAGCGGCGGUGGUGGGGCGGAGGCUGCCAGCGACGGGAUCGAUGCGCUCGACCAGCUGGGCGGGGGCGGCUCGCCGCCCGUGCGCAAGCGAGCUUCUGUUUCGCAGCAGCAGUCCCUCGACUACAUUGCUGAUCUGUAUGUCGAGUUUGCCCGAGCGCCAGCCGACAUCGCCCCGGGGCGCGGCGACAUGUGGUUCAGCAGUGGCGACGUCUCGAACGCAUUCUACGCCGUGCAGGUCCCGGAGGGCUUCUUCGCGUUCUUCUCCCUGCCGCCUGUGCGGGCGGUGCUUGCUGGCGUCUUGCUUGGGCCGCGGCUUCCCGCCGCCGGCGCUGCCUGCGUGGGCAACUGCCUGGUGGCCGGCUGCUGGCGCGCUAAGGUGCAGGCCGUCGCGCAGAAGGUCGAGCGCGAGCUGUCGUCCCUCGGCUUCGUCGUGCGCGAGCAGGUCAGCGACGCUCGCCAGGUCAGCUUUGUCGGCCUCGACAUUGGUGGACGCGAGCACUCGGCGCGGGUCUCGGCCCGCCGCGCCUGGCGGCCCCGCUGCGCCGUCGAGGAGCUCCUGCGGCGCCCAGAGGUCGGGGGCGCGCUCCUCGAGUUUAUCUUGGGGUUGCACCUGGGUCACCAAGGACUGCGGCUCGGUGAGCUCGACCCGAACCUGCUGGUCGGCGAUGGCUGGGCCGUCGCGUGCUCGUUCCCGUUGGGCGAGGCCGGCGACGUCUGCCGCGCCGAGGGCCUUGCGCUGGGCCCGCGCUCCGGCGUCGGCUUCGCGGGGGGUCUGGAGCUGAGCAUCACCUACUUCGAGCAGAUGUCGGUCGGCAUGGGCAUGCUUCUGGACUGCCGGUGGAGGGUCAACAGCUUCGUGACGUGCUGCUCGGACCUCCGCCUGGACUGGAGCAGCUGGGCCCCUCUGGACGUGGCCGUCGUUGCCUCCCUCGACUGCUUGUGCUUUCGCGGCCGCGGCGGGGGCGACGCGUCGCUGCUUUUCGCGCGCCUCCCGCGGCGCAUGCGGAUGCCGAUCCCUUGGCUCGUGGUUGCGGCCGUGGCGGGUGCCUGGCUGACGCAGUGGCAGUGCGAGCAGACCAGGCACGCGGGCAGGACGGGCCUCUGGGACUUCAUCGUCGGUCUCGACACCUGCGCGCUCUUGGCCCUGGCGCUCCUGAGCCUCGAGCGGCGGACCUCGACGCCGUCCGCGCGCCUGUGGACACCCCUGCCGGGGUCUCUCAACGGGGGCAUGAUGAAGGAGCUGCCCUGCGCGCCUGGGCUGAUGGACUUCCCAGCCCAAGCCUGCGUCGACCCCCUGGCGAGGCGCUGCCCCGCCCGGGAGGUGCAGCAGCGCGGCGGCUGGGCGUCCGACAACAGCUUCCGCCGCUACGUCACGCAGGCCCUGGCCAUCGCCCAGCUGCAGCGAGCAGGCGCGCGCGUCUUCGACUGCGGCCGCCUGCUGGACGAGCAGCUCUGUGCCGCCUUCCUGAGCGGCGCCGCGGUCCCCGCGCUGUCGCCGACCUCGCCCGGUUCCUGGAGCCAUGCCCGCCAUGGGCCGCUAGGGUCCUCGUCGCGUACCAUCCGCUCUUGGGACUACAUCUGGGGGCUGUCCGACCUCGGGCCACGGCCCCAGGCGGCCGUCGACAUCGGGAACGCGCAGCUCCGCUUCGCCCUGAGCCUCGUGUCGCUGCGCCGUUCCAUGGGCGUCCCCGUCUACCUCGAGAAUCCCGGCUUAUCUUGGGUCUGGGUGACCCCCGGCUGGCAGGCCCUGCUGAAAGCCCCCGACGCUUCGCUCUUCAGUCUCGACAUGUGCGCCUUCGGAGACCAGUUCUACUUCUGCAACGUGGGCAGCGGGGGCGCCUCCACCAAGGUCAUCGGGCGGUCCCAGACCCUCAGCGUCGAGGUUGGCAUCACCACUAUCCUCAACAUAAUCGUGUACGAGUGCCCAGAGCCUGUGUUCACGCCUGAGACCGCUCGCUGCCUUGGAGUCCUCCGCGUCCCCAUCGAGCGCCUCGCCGAGCGCUACAGCUCUGGCAUCUUCCAGCAGUGGUUCAACCUCGACACGGCCACGGACCCCCGCAUGCCGGCCGGGGACCCGCAGAUCCUUGUGAGCAAGUUCGAGCAGGCCUACACCGACGCCGUGGUGGACGUCUACCAGCCCAAGAUCUGCCUCUCCGUAAUCGGCACCGCCUUCGAGGCGCUCUGGGUCGGUGGGAGGGAGGCCCCGCAGGAGGUGUGCCUUCAAGGCUCGAAGUGCGAGGUUUUCGGGUGUUCUCGUCGGUUCCUCGAGGUUUUCCAGCCUCGGCAUGCUUUCCAGCACCCGCGCCUCGCCGAGAGCCUCCCCGGGGGUGCCCGAGUCGAGUCCUCCCGAGCGGCCGCGGGUGGCGGCCCGAGCUGUGGCCACCGGUGA